ACCAGGAAGAGUUGUUCAUAUAUUGAUCCGGAAGCAGAAACAAGGCGUCUCUCUAGCCCUCUCCGUUCUCCAAAGAGACCGUCCUUGUUCACUUACGAAAUCGCUGCUCUCUUUCACAAUCCCUAAAACCCUAGAAGUCUAUAUCUGUCGUUCACACAGGCUCUGGUUCCGCGAAGAAACCAUAAUUUCUUUUCAAUGCUCCUUACGGCUUUACAUCAUUAAUAUUCCAUACAAUUGAUUUGAAUUCUCUUUUGUUUAUUUUACGCUCGUAUUGAGAUUUUUCUUUAAAAGAUGGACAUCGAGCAAAAGCAAGCUGAGUUAAUCGAUCACUUUGUGAAGAAAGCCUCGGCUAACAAGGGCUCCGCUCUCGCGCCUGUGAUUGUGGAAGCCACCUCGCACCCUUCCCUCUUCGCCUUCUCGGAGAUUCUCGACGUGCCUACAGUUGCCGAGCUUGAAGGAACUGAAAGUUCUGUAUUACUAGAUGUGCUGCGUUUGUUUGCACAUGGCACAUGGAGUGAUUACAAGGAUAAUAUUGGCUGUCUUCCACCAUUAGUUCCUGAUCAAGUUCUCAAGCUGAAGCAACUUACUGUGCUUACUCUGGCAGAAACAAACAAGGUAGUGCCUUAUGAUCAACUAAUGCAGGAGAUAUAUGUCAGAAAUGUGCGUGAACUUGAAGAUUUUCUCAUCAAUGAGUGCAUGUAUGCGGGCGUAGUUAGAGGAAAGCUGGAUCAGUUGCGAAGGUGCUUUGAGAUCCAAUUUUCUGCUGGGAGGGAUUUGAGGCCUGGACAACUUGGAAAUAUGAUAGAAACACUAUCUAAUUGGUUGACUACUUCUGAUAAUCUACUUGUCUCUAUUAAAGAGAAGAUAAAGUGGGCUGACAAUAUGAGCGAGUUAGACAAGAAGCACCAGAAGGAUCUGGAAGACAGAGUGGAAGAUGUGAAGAAGUCCCUUGCCGUCAAGUUACAAACUGUAAGCAGGCCGACAUGGACUUCCGAGGGCAUGAGAUCUUCGCAGGACCUGAUGGGGUGAUGGACUAUGAGGAAGACAGGAGCCGACCUAAGAGGAGGCGGCAUCCAGUUCCGUAAAAAUAUAGAGAUUGUGGAACUCGUUGGAUUGGUGUUAGACAUGCAGCCAGAUUUUUUUUGGAUGAACAUUAUUUGCACCCCGUUUUUUAUUAAAUACACCUCAUUAACCCUCUAAAAACACAUUAGAGUGGGGUGUACUUAGUAAAAAAUGGAAUGUAAAUAAUGUUCAUCUUUUUUUGGGUGGCAUUUGGUAGAAGAUGGUGAAUGUCAGUCACAACCGGAGUAAUAAUUGGGAAAUGGUUUGCCUGUCUUGAACAAGUGUUAUUCCUAACUCAUUAUUUUGUGACAAAAAUUGGUUAUGAUAUAUUAUAGUCUUGAGUUGGCGAGAAUAGUUGGUGCAGCUAUAAGUUUUCACUGUUAGAUAAUAUUGUAGCUGAUGUUAUUUUCA